GCCGACAGACAGACAGAUUGGCCGGCCAGGCAGCCAGCCGGGGCCCGGGAUGGCGCUGUUGAGCGGCCCCAUGGCCGCGGCCCCCAGCCUGCCCUCCUUCGCCUCCUUCUGCAACCGGGACGGCCACGCGCCGCAGCUGCACCAACGAUGGAACUGCAGCCUGGGGGCGAAGCUGCCCCCCACCCACUGCCCCAUGCCGGACAUGAGGCCGGACUCGGAGCCCCUCGGCAGCCCUCCCAGAGAAGACGAGGAUCUCAACACUGUUCUGGAUUUGAUCCUUUCGAUGGGCAGCGACGGCCCCGUUCAGGACUCCGCUUGUGGGGACUAUGCCGCGGGCCUGCUGGAAGGCAGCUCCUUCUAUCAGACAAGUCCACAGCCUGGACGCUACGGCCACUUGGAACGGGGCAGCCCCCCGCCCUGCAGCUCUGGACUUAUUGCUGACCCGGACCCAAGCUACUGCCUCCCCACUACUGUCCAGGGGUGCUUCUUUGUGGCCUCUGGCUUUGCAGGACAGCAUUUUAUGGAGACUGUGAAGCUGGAGCCUGAAAGGGACAGUUACGGGCCACCGGUGGGCCUGCCCCCUCAGCCCUGCCCCAAGAUCAAGCAGGAAGGCAGCCUCCCCUGCAUGAUGGCUGGCUCCCCCCAGAUCCCUGGAGCAGAGACCCCUCCUUUGAGCCCUGACGAUCUCCUAGUGGCCGAGUGCUCAGGACAGAUGCUGUGCCCCUCGCCCAUGCCACUUCCUCCAGGCUACCAUCCUGCUGCUGGCUUUUCCCAUCCUCAGUACCAAAGCACCUCUCAGUUUAGCCUCUUUGAAGACAGCCUGCCCUGCCAGCCUUCUGUCCCCAGAGGCAUGCUCACCCCCCCAUCCUCUCCUCUGGAGCUGCUAGACGCCAAGCCCAAGCGGGGCCGCCGUUCCUGGCCACGCAAAAGGACUGCCACACACACCUGCACCUACACUGGCUGCGGGAAAACUUACACCAAGAGCUCGCACCUGAAGGCACACCUGCGGACACACACAGGCGAGAAGCCGUAUCAUUGCAACUGGGAUGGAUGUGGCUGGAAAUUUGCCCGCUCUGAUGAACUUACACGCCAUUACCGCAAGCACACAGGGCACCGCCCCUUCCAGUGCCACUUGUGUGACCGGGCAUUCUCCCGCUCUGACCAUCUGGCUCUGCACAUGAAGAGGCACAUGUAACAGGGCUGGACAAAAGAGGCUCACCAGAACUUUUGGGGACUGCAAAACUGGUACUAUGUCUGUCAGAGAGGUCGAGUGGAGCCAGUGGCUGAGCCCAACCUGCUUCUUUAUGCCCGUUCUCCAUGCCAUGGGCUAGCGGAGCUUCUUUAUGGGUCCACUGGGCCACGGGACAGCAACCAAGGGCUGUCCAGCUGUAGAUACUGUAGGUGACCAUGAUGGCCCAGAAGUUCUAUGACAACUGCUCCCCAGGGACUUGAGGGUUGCCCUACUUGAAGGGUCUUGGGAGUGACCCUGGUGGCUCAAGCAGCGCAUCUCCAACAUGUCGUCUUAUGUCUGUCAUGACCUACACUAGAAACACAGGGCUUGAUGUCUUGUAAAUGAACAAACUUCUAAAAAAUUAAAUAUUGUAAAUAUUUUUAUACAGAAGUACUGGAUUAUGCAUAUAAUCGACAGAUGGGUAUUUUGCCUGUUCCUUUAAAAAACUUUACAGUAUUUUAACUUUACAGAAUUUUCUAAAAUAAAGCAAUU